AUGCCUUCUGGAACGCUGCGCAACGCAGGGAUCAAGCCAGUUCCCGGCAGCAUCGUCUACCGCCGCUACAUUCCAGAAGUCGCCCAGCAUCUGAGCUACCGGAUGGUCUCGAUCGGCUCUCCCGAAGCCGGCGAGGGUGCGCGCGAUGGGCCUGCGUACUCGCGCGACGUGCAACUCUGCGCAAAGUGGCAGAAUAGCGAUCGCGUCCAUGCCGGCUGGCGCCAACGUGAUCCAGCUAUGUCAGCGCACUUUGACUGCAUCAAGGAGAUCGUCGACGAUCCUGCACGAUUCGGCUUGAUCGGGUACUGGGAUGAUGAGCCGUGGGGCUUUGUCGAGAUCUACUUUGCGAAGGAGAGCAAUGUCGCGCCCUUCUACCAGGUCGCAGACAGGGACAUGGGCUUCCAUGCGCUAGUGGGUGAGGCAAAGUACAGGGGUGCUCACAGGGUGCGGACAUGGAUGGGUGCUGCUGUGCAUCUUUGCUUCCUGCUCGAUCCGCAGACACAACUCGUCGUCUCGGAGCCGCGCGCGAGCAACACCAAGAUGGUCGAGUACGAGUGCAUGGUCGGCGGGCACGUUGAAAAGCUCAUAGAUCUCGGGCACAAGCGCUCGGCGCUCGUCAUGAUCCCGCGCGAGCGCUUCUUUCAAUUAUGUCCCAUGGGGCCGCUGCCUCAGCAGAUGGAGGCCGCCAAGGCAUGGGAAGGGUAA